AUGGCCUCAAAACAGGGACAGCCAGGCUCUGGCCAGAUCGAUGUGACACAGCUCCCCGUCCCGCAACUCCAAGAAUUGAAAACCCAACUCGACCGCGAACUCGAGCACCUGACCACCUCCUUCCAAUCGCUGCGUACCGCACAAGCAAAGUUCCGCGACUGCCUGGCAUCUAUUGCGACCGGCCUGUCUUCUUCCACUGCCGAAAAGACGCUUCUCGUCCCGCUCACGAGCUCACUUUACGUGCCUGGAAAGUUGACGGAUCACGAGCAUGUCCUGGUCGAUGUGGGCACCGGCUUUUUCGUAGAGAAGGACAUUCCUGGCGCUAAAGACUUCUAUGAGAGGAAGGUCAAGGAUCUUCAGGACAGCUUGAAGGAUCUGGAGGGUGUCGUUAACUCGAAGGCGCAAAAUGUCAGGGUGGUUGAGGAGGUCAUAAGAUUGAAGGUCAUGAAUGCGCAGGAACAGGAGAGCAAGGGCAAGAGUGGAUAAGGCAUCGAGGGAAAGCAAAAGAGCAAGAUCAUGAGGGCUGUGCAGCCUGCGUAAAGUCAAGACAUGUCGCACAUCAGCCGCCAGGUCGAACACCGCGGCAUCGAAGGCAGACGAAGAUAGUUCUUUGUCAAUGAGAGAGGGAUCAUCUUUCCAGAGUUUCACCAUUGGCACCUUGUAGCUUGCCCUGGGGGUGUGAUUGAGACGGUGAACUUCUUAGAGAGUACGAGCGAAUGCGCCAUUGAUAAUCUUCGCUCGGUAUCGAUUCACUCCUUAGCUUUUGGCC